CACCACCACUAAUACAUAACCGUGUCGCUCACCUUUCUGCCUGUGUCUGUUUCUCUGUUUGUUUAUUUUUUCCCGUGAGUCGCUCCGCUGACCCUCCUCCACGUGUUUGUCUAUUCGUUGCACGCGGCUACCCCGCUCUUGCCCGCUUGCUUCCUCUUACAUAUUCCCACCUUUACUCUUCGCUCUUCGUCUUGCUCGGCCACGCAGUCGUCGCAUUUUCGAUACCCCGCCGUUCCACUCUCUCGCCUCUGACCGUCAGCCUUAAUUCCCCAGCGCCAUGGGCGACAUUCGAGCCAGCGACCUGGAACACAGUCCGAUUGGUGGUCGAGAGAUAACCGUCCUGGUCACCGGUUUCGGCCCCUUCCUGCCCUCGUCGCCUCCAAACCCCUCCCACCAAAUAACCUCUCUGCUCCCGCCCACGCUCCCCAGCACCAGCACCACCAGCAGUCCCAACCCCUCCCACCCCAUCCGCCUCUACACGCACCCCCACCCCCUCAAAGUCGCCUACCAUGCGACCUACGCCCAGCUCCCCACCCUCCUGUCGCAGCACACGCCGGACCUAGUGCUGCACGUGGGCCUCGCCGCCGGCCGCAGCUACUACGCCAUCGAGCGGAGCAGCGCGCGCAGCGGAUACGGACGCAACCGCGACGUCGAGGGCCGCCGCUUCGAGCCCGCCGAGAGCGACGCCGCGUGGCCGCCGGACGUGUUCCCGGCGCGCCUAGACACGACCCUGCCGUUCGAGGAGUGCUAUCUGCGCUGGGUGAGGGGGUGCAGGGACGUGGGUGUUAGAGUGGGCAGGGCGCCGGAGAAGGACGUCUUCGAUUUGAGACCGAGUGAUGAUGUGGGCAGCUUUUUGUGCGGGUUUAUUUACUGGAAUAGCUUGGCGUGGUUUUGGGAGCGGGGGAGGCGCGAGAAAGAGAAAGAGAAAGAGAGGGAAAGUGAGAGCGAGGCAAAGAAGGGGGAAGCAGGCGAGGUGAGCGCUGCUAAGAGCGAGGGCGAGAGCGAGGGCGAGGAUGCCAACAUCGAGAGCGGAGCGUGUGCCCGUGGUGAGGGCCGACCGCUCAGUGAGGACCCAACACUCAGUGAGGGCCGCAGCCUCGUCGACACAACCACUCCACCCCCAAAAGAAACAAACGCCACAACCAGCACCACCUUUUCCUCAACCGACGAGGAAGCCGACCGCCCCGUCAUCUUCCUGCACGUCCCGCACUGCCCCACCGAAGACGACGUGCGCCGCGGGAAAGCCGUCACCGAGUGUCUCAUUCGGGCUAUGGUCGACACGUGGGUUAAGGGGCGGGAGGACCGGGCGGGCCGAGCGGGGAGGCGAUAGUGCGCUGGCGUGCGUGGGCGUGUGGGUGUGCGUGAGCGGGGUAGCGUAGACGUAGGGCGUCAAGGGCGGGGUGGGCGUUUGUGGGAAGGCCCUAGUGCGCGCGCGCGCUGAGGUAUUAUCAUGUCAUGGGCUGUGAUGCGCGUGCGUGUCUCCGUCCAUCAGCACAUCAUGGCCACUUUGUUGAUUAGACAAAGCACGAGGAAACUUCUCGAGUCAGCUAACGUGUACCGUUCUGAAGAUCUGAGACUACCUAUGUACGUCUUAUUUAAGGAAGUGGCAAUUCUUGAAGCCAUCGGCUACGGUAUCGCGAUCUGAACUGAACUAUCGGUCAGAAGCAGGAGAUUCUCGG